AUGGAAAAGGAGAUUAAUGUGACUGUGGUAAGUCAGUUUUGCCUGUUCUGUCUUCUCCUGGUGGUUUACUGUGGGACAAUAUGUGGGAACCUCCUGAUCAUCACCCUGGUGUCCAUCAGCAAGAACCUCCAGUCUCCAAUGUACUUCUUCAUCUCACAACUGUCCAUCGGUGACAUCUUAUUAACAACUGAUAUUGUCCCCAACCUGCUCCAUAUCCUACUGAAUAAUGGGGGAAUCAUUCCUUUUAUUGACUGUAUCACUCAAUUCUAUUUUUUUGGUUCUGUAGAAUCAUUAGAAUUUUUCCUCCUCACAGUGAUGUCUUAUGACAGAUAUAUGGCCAUCUGUAAUCCCCUCCAUUAUACUUCUAUCAUGACAGCUCAAUUUUGUGUGAAAAUGGGCAUUCUUUGUUGGUUCUAUGGAUUUUCCAUUAAUGCAAUUUACACUAUAACAACAGCAAAUCUAACCUUCUGUGGCCCAAAUAUCAUCAACCAUCUAUUCUGUGAUAUUCUUCCAUUACUAGAACUUUCCUGCUCUGACACCUCCAUUGUUCAUUUAGAGAUGUAUUUCAUAGGCUUUCCAAAUGUCUUCAUUCCAACAACAAUUAUUGUAUUGUCUUACACUUGUAUUGUUUUAGCAGUCUUAAGGAUUCCAUCCAGUACUGGUAGACGGAAAGCCUUCUCCACCUGUAGCUCCCACCUCAUUGUGGUCUCCAUAUUCUACUGGACUCUUUUCAGUGUAUAUGUUGUCCCAACAAAAGGUCUGACGCUCUCUAUGACCAAAAUCUUAUCACUGCUAUAUACAGUGUUUACACCUUUCAUCAACCCUAUUAUAUACAGUCUGAGGAAUAAUGAAAUUAGAAAAGCUGUGGAGGAAACACUUCAUAAGCUUAUGGUCUGGUAA